CAUGCGCCCUGUGCUGCAGUGAGGCUAACAUGGAGGAAAACCUUCAGGUGUUCGUGAGCUCCCCGAUCUUCAGCUUGUCUCUCUGGAGCUUCCCGGGCGGCUCCCUGGUCCGGGACGUCCUGGUCCGGUUCGUCCGGCAGCAGGACGUUUCUUCUUCAGAUUUCUACGUGAUCAGCAGCGGCCGACGCUCUCUGCUGGAGGACGGUCUGCAGCAUGGCGCCGUCUAUCACCUGGAACCCCGCCUCUGCGGCGGAAAAGGAGGGUUCGGGUCCAUGCUGCGAGCUCUUGGCGCUCAGAUCGAGAAGACCACUAACCGCGAGGCGUGCAGAGACCUGAGCGGCCGCCGCCUCCGAGAUGUCAACCACGAGAAAGAAAUGGCGGAGUGGCUGAAGAAGCAGGCGGAGCGCGAGGCGGAGAAGGAGCAGCGGCGUCUGGAGCGCCUGCAGAGGAAGCUGUCAGAGCCAAAACACCAGUUUACCGACCCCGAGUACCAGCAGCAGUGCCACGACCUGUCAGAGAGACUCGAGGACUCCGUCAUCAGAGGUCUGCAGGCGUCCUGCAGCUCUCAGGUGAAGGUGGACGAUGUCUCUGCAGUAAAAAGAGCAAGCAGUGAAGAGAGCGAGCAGCCAAAGAAGAAGAAGAAAAAGAAGUGUUUUUGGACGGGCGAGAUGCCAAGCUCAGAGGACGAAGACGAGUCUCCGUCCUCCAGCUGCAGAGCCACGACCUCCCAGUCAGAGGAGGCAGAGCCUGAGCAGAGCAGUUCGUCCUACAGCAGUCCUGCAGGGACCAGCAGAGACCAGACCGUCAGUCCUGCAGGGACCAGCAGAGACCAGACCGUCAGUCCUGCAGGGACCAGCGGCGACCAGACCGUCAGUCCUGCAGGGACCAGCGGCGACCAGACCGUCAGUCCUGCAGGGACCAGCGGCGACCAGACCGUCAGUCCUGCAGGGACCAGCGGCGACCAGACCGUCAGUCCUGCAGGGACCAGCGGCGACCAGACCGUCAGUCCUGCAGGGACCAGCGGCGACCAGACCGUCAGUCCUGCAGGGACCAGCGGCGACCAGACCGUCAGUCCUGCAGGGACCAGCGGCGACCAGACCGUCAGUCCUGCAGGGACCAGCAGAGACCAGACUGUAAGUCCAGCAGAGACCAGCAGAGACCAGAACGUCAGUCCUGCAAAGACCAGCCGAGACCAGAACCCAUCAGAGUCCAGCUGUUCGUCUCUGCAGCAGGGAAGGCGUGCGGUGGACCUUUCCUCCGUGUCCUCCGUGUCCCAGCUGGAGUCUCUGGGUCUGGACGUCCUGAAGGAGGAGCUGAUGUUUCGCGGGCUGAAGUGCGGCGGGACGCUGGCGGAGCGCAGCGCUCGCCUCUUCUCCGUCAGAGGGCUGAGUCCAGAUCAGAUCAGCCCGGCACUGCUCGCCAAACCUGCCAAGACCAAGAGGAAGUGAAGAGGUCAAAGGUCACGGCUGACCUCCCUUCACAUUAAAGGAACAGUCUCGCUUUUAUUCUUCUUUGUCGAUUUCAGCUUUUAGUUUCUUUUUUCUUUGAGCUUCUUUUGUCUGAAUUCUUGUAGUUCAACACGUCUUUUUUCAGAACUGAAACUGAACUGAGCUGUUAAAUCAUUCACUUCAGGUUUCUUUUGUCAGAGUUAAAUGUUUUCAUUAAAAUUUUUGAAACAAAAAAA